AUGGUGCAGACUAUCAUCCCGAUCGUCUCCCAGCGGACCACUCCGCAUACGACUCGACCUUCGCAGCAACAGGAGACCCUCGUCCGGACUCACGCACCACUUCCCAAGCUCCCUGGCUCGCCUCGAAACUCGAUGACCUGGCCCGGGAGCCGGGAGGCAGAAGACACGGCGAGCCGCCCCGAGCGCGAGGCUCCUCAAAGACUCGACGAAGUACAACAGGAAGUUCGAAAGUCAAAAGGAGAGCUCGGGGUAGAUGGUCAGCAAGGAUCCCCGUUCACCCCCGAGAUCCAAGAUCAAGCGAUCCCGUCACACUUUCGCCUCCCUUCGCUGGAUGCGUAUGACGGCGCCGCUGACCUAGCGGACCACGUGGUCGCUUUUCGCGCCCUGAUGGCGCUGUACGGGACUUUCGACACCUUGAUGUGUAGGGCAUUUCCAACAACCCUGUGGGGGCCGGCCCGCGCGUGGUACAGUACCCUAAAGGUUGGGACCAUCGCCUCCUUCGACCAACUCGCCACGGAUUUCGAGCUUAGCUUCCUGGCUUACGCUCGACCAAAGCCGUCCGUGGCGUUGCUCCUCGGACUUAACCAAAGGGAGGACGAGCCCCUCUCCCUUUUUGUGAACCGCUUCACGACGCAAAUUCGUGGGCUGUCAGAUGCUCACCCCUCUCUGUUGAUGCAGGCAUUCAUGACAGGCUUGCGGCCUUCCAGGUUCUUCUGGUCUCUCAUGGAACGACCCUCCGUCGCGGUCCCCGAAAUGCUUCAGCGCGCUAGUCAGUUCAUCGCCGCGGAGACGUGGAUGGCUGGGAAACGGGAGGAGCACAAAAAGGUCAAGUCGGAGCCGCCCCGACAGCAACAACCCGCUGCGUCCCGGCGUAAAUUGGAUAGAUCCAACCCAAGGCCUCCUCUCCUCGCCUUGAAUUCAUCCCGAACAGAAAUAUUUCUCCAUGAGAAGGGGAAGGGACUGCUCAAGGAGCCCCACCCAAUGAGGAACCCGCAGGAGCUCGCAGACCGUUCAAAAUAUUGUCGCUUCCAUCGGCAACAUGGGCACGACACUGAAUAG